AUGUCAUUAUUUUUAAAAGAUUUACCUUGUCGAAAUCCAGAUAAUUUUACUAGACUUCAUACAAUUGGUGCUACUCGUCAGUUAUCUGUUCAACCAACAUAUGCUGCAAUACUUGAUUCCAAUGCAAAAGAAAUAAUCAAUGAUCCAGUACCUAUGCUUAUCCAUCGUUUAUCUCUAAUACCAAAAGAUGAAUCACGAAAACGAUCCAUACCUGAAGAUGAAAGUCAAGUACCAUCAUUUACAUUAGAUCAAACAAAACGAACUAAACCAUCAACAUCUGAUUCUAAUGAAUAG